ACAUAAUUGGUACAUCUGAUUUAUCUGUUAUAUUGCGACGACAAAAUUUAAACACUUCCUUGAGCGGCUAAUUGCCAGGUCCGCGCAUUAAAGACCGCCACUUUGGCACCAUGUUGUCCAGAGCUCUUGCGCGCUCUGCGCGACCAUCGAUGCUCCCAAGAUCAACCUUAAUAGCUCCCGCUAUAUUUAGACAAUCUAAACCGCCAGUUCCAAUAUGGGCCCGAGGUAUGGCUAAGAAAAGUUCAAGAGGCAUUCCACCAAAUCCUCAGUCCUCCCAAUCCAACCCCUCCAAAGCCGAGCCUACUCCCUCGCCUUCGCAGUCUGCGCAACCUGAGAAAUUUGAGAAGUCUGAGAAGCCUGAGCAGCCUGCGCAACAUGCCGAUUUCCAAGAUACCCCUACCGAAUCUUCCAGCUCGAAACCCGACCUUAGCUCCCUUCCCGAUCUCACCCAAGGUAUCCCGUCUACACUAGAGUAUGAGACGGCCGGCGCUACCAAUAAAUCGGCACUGGCCGCCGUUGAAGAUGACACGCAUGAAACAAAAGAAGGUGGUCGCGGUCGUGGAGAGCUACCAGCCUCUGCAUACAUCAGUUCGACGGAGAAGCGACGAAAUCGAUUUGCCAACGUCAUGUACGCCCUAGCACUGGGUACCGGAAUUCUUGGAUUUGCUUAUCUCGGCCGUGACUGGGAUGAGGAUGAAGCUCAGGCGCAUACCGACAUUCCUACCGGCUGGUCACUUAGCUUAUGGUGGAAACGCAUGAUGGCUCGCUUCGGUGAUGUCACGAGUUAUUAUAGCGAGCCGGCCUUCGAAAAGCUGCUUCCCGAUCCCGAUCCCAUGUUCGAGCGGCCCUACACCCUCUGUAUAAGUUUGGAAGAUUUGCUCCUACACAGUGAAUGGACACGCGAACACGGCUGGAGAGUUGCGAAGCGACCCGGCGUUGACUAUUUCUUGCGCUAUCUCAGCCAGUACUAUGAGCUAGUGCUGUUUACGAGCGUUCCGUUUGCCAUAGGAGAGCCUUUAGUUCGGAAACUAGACCCUUUUCGAUUUAUCGUAUGGCCUUUGUUUAGGGAAGCUACUAAAUACAAGGACGGGGAAAUCGUCAAGGAUUUGUCAUAUCUAAACCGUGAUCUGUCUAAGGUUAUCAUAAUCGACACUAAGGCCGACCAUGUACGAAACCAACCCGAGAACGCCAUCGUGCUCAAGAAAUGGGAAGGCGAUCCCAAGGAUACUGAGCUUGUGGCGCUAAUCCCCUUCCUCGAAUACAUUCACACCAUGCAAUACAAGGAUGUGCGAGAAGUUCUGAAAUCUUUUGAGGGCAAGCACAUCCCGACUGAGUUUGCGCGCCGGGAGGCGAUAGCGCGUGCCGCAUUCCAGAAGCGAUUUGAGGCGGAAAAACGGAAGCGGAAGAGCGGUAUGGGGGCUCUCGGUAGCAUGAUAGGCCUGAAGCCGAGCAACAUGAGUAUGAUGGUGUCGCAGGAUGGUGAAAUUAGCCCAAGCGAGGCAUUCGCGCAGGGCAAGAUGUUGCAGGAUAUCGCACGUGAACGUGGCCAGCGCAACUACAGGAUGAUUGAAAAGGAGAUCCGCGAAAACGGCGAAAAAUGGCUAAAGGAGGAGCAGAUGGCCAACGAAAAAGCCCAGGCCGAGGCCAUGACAAGCAUGAAGUCCUCCUUCACCAAUUGGUUCCUACCUGCUUCCAAACAGGGGGAACAGGCGCAAAACGCCAACACUCAGAGUGCCGAUUCUACCCCUUCUAAAGCCGAAGGGGGAAAUGCCAAGGAAUCUUAAAAGCAAAGAUAUCAGGAAAGGCAAAUUGCUAUUUCGAAUAAUUGUAUGAUAGGUAGAGAAGAGGAGGGAACGAAUACCCGGAGAAGGGGGGCAGGAAGGAUGGGUUUUGGUGCAUUUACAAACGAAUGCAUCGUGCGCUG